AUGGAGGGCGGCCUGAGCUCGGAGCGGCACGCGGCGGCGGAGCCGGUGCGGUCGCGGUGGACGCCCAAGCCGGAGCAGAUACUCAUCCUCGAGUCCAUCUUCAACAGCGGCAUGGUGAACCCGCCCAAGGACGAGACCGUCCGCAUCCGCAAGCUGCUGGAGCGCUUCGGCGCCGUCGGCGACGCCAACGUCUUCUACUGGUUCCAGAACCGCCGCUCCCGCUCGCGCCGGCGCCAGCGCCAGCUGCAGGCGCAGGCGGCGGCCGCGGCAGCCGCAGGCUCCUCGUCCUCCUCGGGAUCGCCCCCCACGACCGGCCUCGCGCCGGGACACGCGGCGGCUUCGUCGACGAUGGGGAUGUUCGCGCACGGCGGCGCCGCCUGCGGCUCGUCCGCGUCCGCGUCGUGGCCACCCUCGCCGCCGCCGUGGUCGUGCGCGGGGAUGAUUGGCGACCUGGACUACGGCGGCGGCGACGACCUGUUCGCCAUCUCGCGGCAGAUGGGCUACGCCAACGGUGGUGGCUCCAGCUCGGCGUCCUCGGCGGCCGUCGCCCCCCACGAGCAGCAGCAGCAACUUUACUACUCGUCGUGCCAGCCAGCGAGCAUGACGGUGUUCAUCAAUGGCGUGCCGACGGAGGUACCGCGGGGGCCGAUCGACCUGCGGUCCAUGUUCGGGCAGGACGUGAUGCUGGUGCACUCCACCGCCGGCCUCCUCCCCGUCAAUGAGUACGGCGUCCUCACGCAGAGCCUGCAGAUGGGCGAGAGCUACUUCCUGGUCACGAGGGGCUAA